AACAGGCAGGCGGAAAAACACACUCCGUAUGGGUGUGGGUAUAGGACGGCAUAGGAAAAACACAACAGUAUGCGUUUGGAUGCAUUCAUCAGCUUUUCAACUGUAGCUAGCUCGCAAGAUAGAUAAAUAGGCUAGUCUUAUUUGUGUAACUGAUGGGUAACUAGAUGAAUGUUAGCAGUUUUUUGUCUUUGCUUAGAAUUUGCGUAGUAGCCAAGCCUGCCUGCGAAAGUUAAAAUGCUCCCCCUCGUUAAACUCCAGUUUAAAUGCCAUACUGUUCGCACUUUUCCAAGAGCCGUAGAGUUUCUUUCAAAGCAUUGAUGUCUCCACUCUUUGAGUUAUGCUUUCCAGAAAGAAAAGUAAAAACGAAGCGUCGAAACCAGCCGAGGUACACGGGAAAUAUGUGAAGAAGGAGACAUCGCCGCUACUGAGAAAUCUGAUGCCCUCAUUCAUUCGGCAUGGGCCCACCAUUCCCAGGCGCACCGAGAUCCCCCUGCCGGACCCGGGACCGUCGCCAUACCCCGUCGGCCCGAGCGAGCCCGUGGUCGCCAGGAAGAGCUUCAUGCGCAACCCGGUGCCACGGCCGGCGCACGAGGUGGCCCGGCGCGAGAGCAACCGCAUGUCGGCACCGCCGUACCUGCCCCGCAGCCUCGGCGAGCUGCCCCACGAGUACGGCGGCUCCUCGCAGUCCUUCCUCACCGAGGUGAACCCCAUGGCGGAGAACGGCGACGCCGGCAGCGCUGCCCGCUACUACUUCCCGCAGGACCUCUAUUACGACGGGCAGCAGCAGCAGCAGCGGCGGCAACGGCAGAGGCACAUGCCUGACCGCUUCCACGAGGACUACAGAUACUAUGAGCACAAUGAACCCAACUUCCAAAGAGUGCCGCAUACCUCUCAGCCCCAAAGCAGACACCCGGCAGGAAUAGGGCGGAUCCAGGCAAAGUCUCUGGGAAACCUUGCCAGCCCGAGUGGGGAAGACCUCCCUCUGCCGGCAGGCUGGACUGUGGACUGGACCAUUCGAGGGAGGAAGUACUACAUCGACCACAACACCAACACCACACACUGGAGCCACCCCCUGGAGAGGGAGGGGCUUCCCCCGGGCUGGGAGAAGGUGGAGUCAGCCGAGUUCGGAGUCUACUACGUGGACCACAUCAACAAAAGGGCUCAGUACCGUCACCCAUGCGCCCCAAGUGUCCCUCGCUACGACCAGCCACCACCCCUCCCCCCUCCAGUCACUUACCAGCCUCGCCCAACAGACCGCAACCAGCCAGUGCUGGUACCAGCUAACCCCUACCACACUGCUGAGAUCCCGGACUGGCUACAGGUGUAUGCUCGCGCCCCUCUUAAGUACGACCACAUCCUGAAAUGGGAGCUCUUCCAGCUGGUGGACCUGGACACGUAUCAGGGAAUGCUGAAGCUGCUCUUCAUGAAGGAGCUGGAGCGGAUCGUCAAGUCCUACGAGGCCUACCGGCAGGCCCUGCUGUCCGAGGUGGACACCCGCAAGCAGCGGCAGCAGUGGUAUGCCCAGCAGCACAGCAAGAACUUCGCUGGGAACAUGUGACUGUGGGAAGCCUCUGCGCUGCCGUUCGAGGUCGCCCGGGAGGCCCUGCCCCCACCCCUUCCUCCUCCCUGCGACUGCACAAACUCCCUCUGAGGUUAUGGAGCAUUUUUUAAAAUGAAAUAUUUGCCUUCGUACCAAACACACAUGUGCCUUUGCUUGAUCCAAAUUAGCAGCCAAAUGACAGGGCUGCACAUCUACACAUCAUAAGAUGUGGGUUCACAAUAAGUGUUUUGGCAUCUGGAGAACUGCCUCCUUUUGAAAUUUCAGGAGAGAAAGAUGAUAGUUGCAAAAGCACCACUCCAAGCAGUGAAGUAAGUGAAUUGUUGCACAGACGUAGGCAUCUGAGGACUCUUUGUUCAGGGGGUCGGUAGGUUACCAGGGCUCAAACCAACCGAUCCCAGCUCUGUAAUGACUGUCCUGUAAGAGUGUGCCCAGAUAUUGUGCCUUUUUUUUUUCAGGAACUGUAUUUUUAUAAUUCCUGCAUUUCUUCAGUGGCCUGGCUGCUCAGCUAUCCACU